AUGAGAGGAAGCAUGCUAGAGGAGGAGAGGAGAGGAUGCCUCAGCUCCGUCUGACUCUACAGCAUCCUCAGCCUGAGAGAGAUAGAGAUAGAGAGAGAGGAAGAGAAAGCACAGCACAUCACACUCACACUGCAAUCAUUCCAUCAUCCAUCAUCUUCCAGCCAGAGUCCUCUACACCCGCUCUCUUCAGCAUCAAACCAGGUACAGCAAAUGGACUAUCACAAUAUAGGAAGUCAAUCAUUGAAUUCCCCUAUCCAUGGAUGCCAUGACAAAAUUGCCAUUACUCCGGAAGAGCCCAUUAUUAAGUGAUCGGAUACACCGGAAUCCAGUAAUGACCACAUGUCUCUUGGAGGAGCUUCUCUAAAGGCAAGCACUCUCUGUCAAGUGCAGAGGGUAACCUCAUAAUGCUUUGAUUCACAAGCCUAGUUUCCUGAUUAACAGCUGGAAUGCACUGUCUUGGCCAAGUCUGAGUGUUUCAGAGCCUCUGAGAGAACCUAGCCCUCAAACACCUGUAGCACUCUCUUAUAGGAGCAUAGGUUUAUUUACAAAUGAACGAGGAAUGUCUGUGCUGGAAAUUCCGCAGAUGAGACCAUUUAGUCAGGCAAUUCCUAUUUGCUGUAAGCACUGCCAAAAAGAUCCAGAGCUGAUUUUUGGAUGAGUUCUUGAGACCCUUCCAAGUGGGCUGUGGAGCAAACCCCAAGGACUCAGCUGUUGCUUUUACUUUGCCCACCUAAGGACACAUCUGGUGCAUAAAGGGAUAAAAUAAACAAUCAUCACAUUAUACCUUCUCCUCCUGAAGAGCUGUGUCAGCUUUUAGACAAAAUAUUUGUGCUUUUUAAUAGGAAUGCAUAUCAAACAAGGCUUGGGCAAAUAAAAAAGCACAAAAUGGCAGAACUAUCAGGAUAUAAUGGCACUGAAGACAUUCUCUUCUCAACAGGCAUUCCCUUCAACUCCACUGCUGAUUAUGAAGAUUUUGAGCCAGAGUCGGAUGCUAGCAAGAUCAUUAUCCCCUCCAUCUAUGCCCUAGUCUGCUGCGUGGGCAUCAUAGGCAAUGCCAUGGUCAUAUACGUCAUACUUAAGUAUGCCAAGAUGAAAACAGCCACCAACAUUUACAUUUUGAACCUUGCUAUUGCUGACGAACUGUUCAUGCUGAGCGUUCCAUUCUUGGCUACAUCAGCUGCAGUGCGCCACUGGCCAUUUGGAUCACUGAUGUGUCGGCUGGUCCUCAGCGUGGAUGGCAUCAACAUGUUCACCAGCAUCUUUUGCUUGACGGUGCUGAGUGUGGACCGGUAUAUUGCGGUAGUGCAUCCAAUCAAGGCUGCGCGCUACCGUCGGCCUACUGUUGCUAAAGUGGUCAACGUUUGUGUGUGGGGACUAUCACUUCUUGUCAUUUUGCCCAUUAUUAUCUUUGCUGACACAGUCCCAGCAGAGGAUGGAGGGGUAGACUGCAACUUCCUGUGGCCUGAGGCCUCAUGGUCAGAGGCGUUUGUGGUCUACACGUUCUUGCUGGGUUUCUUGCUGCCUGUGGCAGCUAUCUGCCUUUGCUACUGCCUGAUCGUGGUGCGAAUGCGAGCGGUAGGGCUAAAGGCAGGCUGGAUGCAGCGCCGGCGCUCUGAGAAGAAGAUCACCCGCAUGGUGUUGCUUGUGGUUGCAGUUUUUGUCCUUUGCUGGAUGCCCUUCUACAUCGUGCAGCUGAUUAGCGUAUUCCGCCAGCCACCUGACCCCAUGGUGACUCAGCUGUUUGUCAUUCUAAGCUAUGCUAACAGCGGAGCUAAUCCUAUUCUAUAUGGAUUUGUGUCUGACAACUUUCGGCGGUCCUUCCAGCGAAUUGUGUGCUUCCGCUGGUUGGAGAAUGGGCUAGAUGCAGAGCAGGUGGACUACUAUGCUGUGGCCCUAAGACGGCAGACGACAUGUGGGCCACAGGACUUUCCUAAGGAAUGCUUAGCCUCUGAUACGGUGUUUCGCAAUGGAACAUGUACCUCGCGUACCACCACCUUGUGAAAUCACACACAUUUUAUUCUUUUCUCUGGCUCAAUCCAGAAAAAUGAGGUUUUUAAUUGUGAAUGGGAAGACAAGAGAAUUCAUAAACAGUACUUUCAAUUUGAAGCCAGAAUGAUAUGAAAAAAAAGCAUGUUGAUGGUUAGCAAGUCAUUCAUCGUAUGUCAUCUAACUGGUUGUAAUCCAUAUUUUUGUAUAGUCAUUCUAACAAAGCAGUUAAUGGCCAUAUGUGUUGAAAGUUUAAAGUUAAUUGAGUCCAUAAGUGUCAGUGCUUUAGCAUGUUUUCACUAUCAGUAAGACACAAUCAGCCAUAUCCACAUCACUGUUCUUGCUUAAGUAAUGCUUUCUCCUUGUCACUUGUCCAAAUUUGAGCUCAUUAACAUGAAUGUGUUAUAGGUUGCUUAAUGUUAUAUUAAAGGAUGUUCAGGUUAUGAGUUUGUGAAUCUAUCUAAGUGUCAAAUAUUUGGAAUUUAUUGGAGUAAACAAAUCCCACCAUGUUAGCUUAUGUGUAACUGAGACACUAUUUAACAGUAGGCCUUUAUUAUUUACCUAUAUCUUAGCAGAUAUAGUUUGGAUACUUGAAGUUUUUUGCUUCAAGUAUCCAACCAAAUCAAAGCUAAGGAGCUGAUGUCAGUGACAUGCUGUUCAAAGAUACACUCUUAUAAAUAAAGGUUUUUAAAUGUCUUUCAGUGGUUCCAUCCAUUGAGAAUUUCUGUUAAUGGUUCUUCAACACUCUUAGCAAAAAAAGUUCUUCAUAGCACUAAGAACAACUCUGUAACUUACAAUAUUACCACAUUUCUUUGGUGCUGCACAGAACCAUUUUAAAAGGUUCUUUAAGAAACCACAUGUGACACGUUUUAAAGCUCCAGUGACACUGCUAUAUCUGCUCCACUUGUGCCAGUGCAUCACACUAACAUACCACUAUGUUAGCAUCACUGCAGAGCUGAGAACGAUCCACCACUCAAAUAGCACCUGUUCUGAGGGGGUGCUUUUAGGGUCCUGACCAUUGAAGAACAGGGUAAAAGGGGGCUAACAAAGUAUACAGAGAAACAGAUGGACUAUAGUCUGUAAGUGUAGCACUACAAAAUGCAUCCAUAUGUUAAGUGGAGCUGAUAAAAUGUACAAAAAUUGUAGAUAUAAGGACAUGUACUUAAUUAAGUGGGCGGUAAUAUACAGACAUAGUCACAUAGCUGAAAGCUCAUAACAAUAAAAAUAUUUAAAAUACAUACAGAAGUCAUAAACUACAUGGGUAUAACCAAAUGAAAUAAUGUGAAAAUACUAUAGCACACAAGUGUAAACUCCUUUGAGUAUAGCCACCAAAACUAGUCUUUGCCUUAAAUAGACAUGAUUUAUGUCCCCUUAUCAUGUAAUUAUCCACAAUACAUUUUCUUAAAUGCAUUAAAAUGAGCACCUAAGCUGUAUUAGCAGGUUAUGUUACAUUAACUAUGCUUACUAAACCUUGAUUUAAACCUAUUCUGCCAAAGUGAGCCACUAUUUCCUGCCCUGCUCAUUAGUUAAUGACAGUGCAUAGAAUCUGAUGGAGAAUUUGAAACUCUUGAAGAACCAUAUUUUUAAAGGGCUUUCUAUUUGGUAUGGUUCCACGGAACCUCUAGCCCCUUAUUUUAAUAGAGUCCUGUUUCAGAGCAUGCAAGGGAACCAUCACUGUCAUUUUCACAUGACAACAUUCAGCAAUAUCAUCACUGCAUAUGAUCCUGUUUAGGCAUAACAGAAUGUAAACAAACCCAUGGCAUACAUUCAGCAUUAAUGCUCACAAGCAGAUGUUUCCAUUUAAAGCUGUGAUUCCUUUAAUCACCGAUCAGACAAAAUGUCUUACACUCACACAUUUUACUGGAUCCACAACACAGCUCGAAUCUCAUGUUUCACCAAUAAAAACAUCUCACAAAGCAAAAGACCUUGAGGUCUGUAAGAAGAAGGAAGAUGCUGAAAGCCUUUGUGAGUUCUGUGGGGGAAUUUAGCGUGUAUUCCACUGGUUCCAAUAAAGCAAAUCCUCAACAAACAAAAGAACAAAUUGCAGCCCCUAGGAAAACACAAAUCAAGCACACAUGUCACGAUUGGCGCUCAGUCUUUCCAUGAAGACAAUGGAAAGACUGAAAGGCAAAGUAGUUUUACACAUGUGAAAGUCUAAAUGUCAAGGAGUGUAAUUCAACAAAACAGAAGACUUCAGACUGAGAAGUGAUCAAGGAGCGGUUCACGAUUUAGAUACAACUUUUGUUGUUUUUCUCAGUGGCUUGUUUGAAUAUAGAGUUGACAUUAUCAAGCUGUGCUCAGUGGCUCAUGAAAGCAUGUAUAUGUUUCAUACAAUAAAA